CACCGGCUUCAUUCCUGUCGAGAAGUAACCGAGAGGGGCAGGAAAUCAACUCAGCGGCUCCUCCUCGUCAUCAACCGGCUUCAAAAACACAUUUCACCCGGCUAUAAUCGCCACCUUCCCCCCGGAGCCUGAGACAUAAACAGUCGGAAGAAGAAAGGAGGACAGAGAAAGAAAAGCUCCUCCGAGAAGUAGACCCGCUGAGACUAAUCGAACGGACCUCACUUCAGGGACGCCCUUUCCCCGAAAAGAUUUAAAAAGCACCAUUUUUUCCUCUAGUUUUUUGUGUCAUUUUUUUUGUCACCAUGACCCGGAGAUCGUGUGCCAUUUACGCCACCGGCAUCGUGUGCGCCCACCUCCUCAUCGUGGGGAUCGCCCUGGUGGUGGCUCAAGUCUUCCAGACCCUCAUACAUAACCGCUUGAAAAAGGAAAUAACAUUGACGGAGAAGAGUCAGAUGUUCGAGUCGUGGAAGAACCCGCCCCCGCCCGUCUACAUGGAAUACUACUUCUUCAACGUCACCAACCCGGAGGUGGUGUCGGCGGGCGGCAGGCCAUCCGUCCAACAGAUCGGACCCUACACCUACAGGGAGUACCGGCCCAGGGUGAACGUCAGCUUCCUGGAGAACGGCACCAAAGUGUACGCCCUCAACCCCAAAACUUUUGUGUUCUUGCGGGAGAAGUCGGUGGGAGACCCCCAAGUGGACAUGCUCAGGACCGUCAAUAUCCCCUUUGUGGUGGUGAUGAACGAGCUGAACUCAUACUCGUUCUUCCUGCGCAGCUUCAUCUCCAUGUACAUCAAAAGCCUGGGGGUGAAGUUGUUCACCACGCGCACGGUACACGAGUACCUGUGGGGCUUCAAGGACCCCAUCCUCACCAAGAUCCACUCCAUGAAGCCGGACGUGGACGAAUACUUUGGGCUCAUGUGGAAGAAAAACGGAACCCACGAAGGGGAGUUUGUGUUCAACACCGGUGAGCAGGACUACAUGGACUACGGCAAAAUUGACACGUGGAACGGACUCAGGGAGAUGACAUUUUGGUCGUCCAACCAGAGCAACAUGAUCAACGGCACGGACGGCGCCGUCUUCCACCCGCUCAUCAACAGGAACGAGCUGCUCUACAUCUUCGCCGCCGAUCUCUGCAGGUCCAUCCAUCUGGCCUACGUGAAGGACGUGGAGGUGAAAGGCAUCCAGGCGUACCGCUUCGCGCCUCCCGAAGACGUGCUCAUGAGCCCCGUGGACAACCCGGCCAACGAGGGCUUCUGCGUGCCCGCCGGACGCUGCCUGGGCACCGGCGUGCUCAAAGUCAGCGUGUGUCGACAAGGUGCCCCCAUCGUGGUGUCUUUCCCGCACUUCUACCAGGCCGACCCAAAGUACAUCAAUGCCAUCGAAGGCCUCAAUCCAAACAAGGAGGAGCACGAGACCUACCUUGACCUGCAGCCGACCACCGGCGUCCCCAUCCGGGCAUGCAAGCGCGCUCAGCUCAACAUCAUCCUGAAGAGAGUGACGGGCUUCCCUGACACCAAGUUCCUCAACGAGACCAUUUUCCCCAUCAUGUACGUCAAUGAGACGGCCACGGUUGACGACGACUCUGCCUCCCAGAUGAGGACGCUGCUGCUAAUCGUUACCGUGGUGUCCAACUUCCCCUUGCUUAUCGUGGGCAUGGGCCUCAUCCUGCUGCUGGUCCUGGUGGUCCUAUUCUGCCGAAACCGCCAGAAGAAGAACGAAGUAAAACGCAUUGAUUUUACUGAGGCUUUUCAUUCUUUUGCUACGGCCAAAGACGAGACUGCGUACACGCAGGUCAGCGACAAGACGGACGAGUCGCCCGAGGCUCCCGCCGGCCAGCCUAUGAGGAACGGCUCCUACAUCGCCAUGUCUCCAGUGGAGGCCCAAAAGUGUUGAUCCGCGAUCAACCACCACCCCACUGCCCCCCCCCAACCCCCCCUGACUCUUUCGACCACUAGCCUGGAGCUCAGGAAGGGGGUUGAGGGAGCAGUGCACAGUAUGGGGGAGGUGAGGGGAGGGGGUCAUGUUACCACGAGUGGCUGAGGGGAAGUGGGUUUACUAUUGCGUUGGAUUGGGAACUCUCCCUCAGCCAUUUGGGACUAUCUAAUCCACCCCACCCCGCAACGCCGAGUCAACCAGGAGAGACUUCCUCUUCCUCUCCUGGUUGACUCCAAAGAUGAAGGACUUGACCGGGGCUGUUACCCCCCCCCACCCCCUCCUCUCCCCCUCCCUUGGCCAAAAUGGUUGUCAUUUCAACACGGAUGCACCGUCCCACCAGUGGCAAAACGCCUUGUCGUAUUAACAAAAGUAUUAGGUUAAAAAAAAAAAAAAAAGACUGAGCCAAUUUAGUCAUUUUUGCCUUUUGUUUCACACACUAGCUGGUUGUGAAAGUGUCUCCGCACCAGUUUUUUCCCCCAUCCCCGUUGUAACUAAAUACAUUUCCUAGCUGCUCGGUUUAUUCCCCGCCUGUAGCUCAUCAAAGCUUUUUUUUUUUUCUUUUUCAAUGGGGAACAACAACAACAAAAAUCACCUGCGGAACUUACAAGGGAGACUCGAACUCGCUUUCUCUGCCUUACCGCCAUGACGGUUUGCACGUCUACACUGUUACUCAAGCACAAAAGAGACCAGGAGCAAUCCUCAGCGAGCCAACGGGGUCGACGUUCGUUUUUCGUCAAGAGUCAAAAGACGCUGUCGGUGUGACUGCGCAAAACGCAGCACUUGAAUCACUCGUUGUCUUAUCAUUUCAAAACAAAAAAGAACAACAAAAAAAUAUAUACAUCCGACACACGAAAACUUUUUGCCUGGAAAAUGUGCCCUGCAUGUAUUUUUUUUUUCUUCUGUGUGUGUCAAGUGUUUUUGUGAUUUCUGCAAGUCGGUGGUCCGUCUGUACACAACAUUUCAAAUCCUUUUUUUUUUUUUUUUUUUUGGUGUGUGUUUUUGUGGCCAUGAACCUGUGGAUGUUCCGAUGAGUCCUGUUCGAGUCAACCUUUUUUUUGUUUGUUUGUUUGAGAGCCUAAAAGCCAACGAGGAAAAACAAAAAGUUACAUUUAUGAAACUUUUUCAUAAAGUUUCCACUGGUUUGGCCCGGUUCAGUUUAUGAGAGAAAUGCCACACGCUAAAUUAUCUCCCGAUGACUCUCGCAAGGAUAAGCGCAUCAGGUCACGCAUGAGUGGAUAAAUGAUCUCUCGUGACCGUCGUUAGCCGUGGGACAGAACAUCACAUAAGGAAUCGAAAUUUUAUCGCAAUGUGGAAGUGACAAUUUGCCAAACCGUUUAAUGAAAUGAGCAAAAGUGGUGGGAUGACACAUCUCCGAUUCACUUCGAAAAUGCUUUGGGACUUUUCACGAUGGGACGGCAAACGAAAAGAAAAAAAUUGCGAACUGCAUUGAACCAAACCAGCGGAACUUUUUUUUUUCUCCUUAUGUCACGUAUGCAUGGAUAUCAAGUGAUCCAGUUCACGUUGCUGUCUUCCACUUCGGUUCAGCUACAUAACAAAUGUAUUGUAGUCGGAUACCCUUUGCAAUGGAAGCCACAAAAAAAAAAAACGCCUGGCAUACUGUCAAGCAUAAUUUUGGGUGACUUUCAGCCCACCUUUGAUCCCCAUCUGCCUGGCAAUCCAACGAAACGGUUCUCAAGAGUGGGACGGUUUAUUUUAUUUUCCAACGGUAACACGAAAUGCACUGUACCGAGCCAAACUUUAUAGAUAUAUUAUUUUUUUGUGGAUCAGUGUUAAGCGGUCCAGUGGUCCAGUUCAUUUCGCGCCGUUGUGGGUCAGAUCUGCUGUUUUGUUUCCACUGCGGGCAAACGACGAAAAGAGCAUCUCAUGGGGAAUCGGGAUAGGUUGGCAAAUGAUGGUGAACCGUUUGAAACGCAGCCUUUCAAAAGAGAACCCGACGUGUAACGCGUGU